AAUUUAUCACAAGGGCGGCUAAUAGGAUUAAGGACAUGGCACAAAGCCUUACUUCACAAAGGGCGAAGUGGAAACACGUCACCACGCACUCAUGACUUGGAGACAGUGUUGUGUGCUUAUUAUAAAUUGCAACCUCAUUCCUUACAAUACUCCAUGUUCCACUAGCUAGUGCUUUAACUUAGUGUAUGUUCCCUGUGGUCCCCUUUUAUUUUCUUCCAAACUUUAGCCUUUGAAUUGAAUCCUCAAGUUUUCAGUUGAUUCUCAUCUUGUUUAGAGUUUGUUCUCAAGUCUCAUGUCAGUCUCAGCUAGUCCAACAUUGCUGUUAGGGGAUCGACCGUGUGAAAAUGGAUUUGAAUGUGUUAACAUUCUCCCUGCCACCAAUGAUGCACAUGGAGGAGUCAUUGUGGACUUAAAAGAGGCUAUGGACUCUGAAGUUUUUGCUACUUUGCUUAGAUCUUCACUUGUACAUUGGAAGCAACAGGGGAAAGAUGGUGUUUGGAUCAAAUUACCUAUCGAGCUUGUUAAUCUUGUUGAAAUUGUAGUUAAGGAGGGAUUUUGGUACCACCAUGCUGAGCCAAGCUAUUUGAUGCUAGUUUACUGGAUUCCCAAAACAGGUUGCACAAUUCCUCCAAAUGCUUCACAUCGUGUAGGAGUUGGAGCUAUUGUCAUAAAUGAUAAGAAAGAGGUGCUUGUUGUUCAGGAAAAAAGAGGUGGAUUCCAUGGGAUUGGUGUUUGGAAGAUACCUACUGGGGUAGUUGAUGCAGGUGAGGAGAUUUUUGAAGCAACUAUUAGAGAAGUAAAAGAAGAGACAGGAAUUGAUACAGAAUUUGUGGAAGUAUUAGCAUUCAGGCACACACACAAUUCAUUCUUUGGAAAAUCAGAUUUAUCUUUUGUUUGCAUGUUGCGUCCUCUUUCUUUCGACAUCAAAAAGCAAGAAUUGGAAAUUGAGGCAGCUCAGUGGAUGCCAUUCGAGGAAUUUGCUAGUCAACCUUUUAAUAAGAUGCACGAGCCCUUCAAGUACAUGAUUGAAUUGUGUUUGGCAAAGGUGGCAAAUGUCUAUAAUGGAUUCUCUGUGAGGCUUUGCUCAUCAUAUUUCGCAAAGGAGUUGAAUUAUAUAUAUUUGAAUAGCCAUGACCUAGAUAAGUCUUCUUAAGUUUUCCAAAUCAUCAUAAGAGUUUAUGUUGAUAUUUCUUUCUUGUAAAACUUGUUGGAAUUUGAUGUAUUAGUGUUGUCUAAUUGUUGAAUUAAAUUUUAGAUUAUUAAUAUUAAUUAUAAAAAUAGUAUUUAUGAUAUUUUUGUUGAUUAA